UCUUUAUAGUUUUAUAUUGUCUUUCCCAAUUUCUCAAAAGACAUUUAGGGAAAUUUAUUAAGCUCCCGAUUCCAUCUGAGAUUAAAUUUUUGGAUGAAAAUGCAUCUUGGUAAUUUACUGAAUGAUAAACAUGGCAGUGUUGGGCUAAUUUGUAUUCAGUUUUAGGGCCAUCCACACAAAUACAAAUUAAUACACCAUCAACCAAACACAGUUGGUUUUUCACAUACACUUCAUAGAACACGGGAAUUUACCAAGUAUUCGUAUUCUCAAUCACUGCCGACAUUACACAAACACUGAUGCAAAAGGAUGGAAUUUGUUUUGAAAUAGAACUAUCAAAUAGACCAGCUUUUCGCUGGCAUAUUUGGAGAAUCAUGCAUAGAUCAGUGAGAGCCGUGAAUGCUUCUUGUGUAAAAUUGUCUGAAACAGUUAAAAAAACAGAAAAGAAAACUGCGAGUUGGAUAGAGAGAGCCACACAAAGAGGGUAAGAGGAAGGUCAUGAAUGAAAGGGCUGAACCAUACUACACGCCAGGGUUCCCUUUCCGCAGGAAUGACAGGCGCCACUGGAGAAGUGAUGGUAAUGGGAUAUAAGGCCAGGGAAGUUGGUACUUCAAAGAGAUUCACAGGAGCAGUCCCUAGAUGGGCCAAACAGCAAGAGCAUGUAUAUUCGUAGCAGGAGAGAAUCAAUAUUCCUUCUAGGUUUUGUGCCCAAAGAUGUCCGAGGGAGGUCAUGAAUGCCUGUAACUCUGCAGGCUUACCUCCUCUGCUAAUAAGGGGUCUCCAGAUUCAAUUUCAGGAUCAUACACUCCACAAAGAUGUUGAGAAAGCUACCUCCAACAGUCCCGAGCGACCCCACGCAUUUACGCUAGGGAGGCCAAUCCCGGGAUCGGGAUCGGCGGGAUCCCAGGAUUUGGCCCCAAAAACACCGGGAUUGUAAUCCCAGGAUUGCGCCUUCCAAUCCCGGUAUUUUCGGGAUUAAACGGCGCAUGCGCAUUUCAUUCAGCCCGCUGUGUUCGGCUGUAUGCAGGGUGCCGCGUGACGUCACAGGUCACGCAGCGUAGACCCCCGCUGGCCCACCCCUUCAGCCACUCCCGCCAGCCAUUUUAAGCGGAGGCCGGAGUGGAGGAGAGCAGGGGACGAGGAUGGCUGCCUGCAGCAUGGACGGUGCUGCUGGCGGCGCACAGACCCCCCUCAGACAGGCAGGAGUCGCAGGACCCUCACCCCCACACUAUGGCGGUACACAGUAAGUAGAAGUUGGGGGUGAAGGAGACGGAAAGCUGCUGGCUGCUUUCUGUCAGUGACACUGACGCAGCCAGCCUCGCGGCCAGCUUGGUGUGCGAUGGUGGGUGAAGCACCCUUGCUGCCUUCACUCACACUCACUUUUUUCUUUAGUAGCCUGCCAGUUCCAGCUGCCACUGAAAUGAAGGGAGAAGGAGGGAGGGAGCCCUGUCCUGCUGCCAGAGUCCUCCAGACCCAGGGCCCAUCCCAGCGCCCAGUGAAGCAGCGGCCAUUUUAAGUGGAGCCUAGAGGAGAGGAGAGGACCAGGAGACACCUGCCCAGAGGGCCCCAGCCCCCAACCCACACAAUCCCACUCCUGGUGACAACACACAGAAUGAGGAUUUGGAACUUUGGCUUGUUUUUAGACAGUGGAUUGCUUAGUACCGGUCCAUAACGACUCCCGGCUUAUUGAACGAAGCAGACUCUACCCUGACCUGACACCGCCCCCUGGCCCCUUGGUUCACCAGUCCACCACCACCACCACCACCACCACCUCCUCCUACUGGACUGGACCCUGGACGACCUAUUAGCCUGACCAUCGUUUUCAAUGACUGCCUCAAAAUCAAAACUACCAGUAGUAGAGUAUGUUGUUUAUAAGUCUGAAGGAGUGUGGAAUUAUUUUUUACGUGAGAAAGCCACAGGUGAAGCAGCUCAGUGCAAAGAUUGUGGAAAAGUUCUGAAAUGUGGUGGUGGCGGCUCUACCAAAGGCCUGCAUGUGCACCUCAAGACAAUGCACAAAAUGUAUAUACAACAAAAAUGGUCAAAUGUUGCUGGUCGUGAUACAUUGAGCGCUCAUGCAACAGAGUCUGACUCUGCUCUGACUACUGGAACAAAGAAAAAAAGCCCUGAUGCUGCAGUUGGGCCUAUAUUGAAAUUUCUUGUAAAAAAUAUAGAAAAUUCACUACAGGCUACUCUUUCCAGAAUGGUUGCGUGUGACGGACUGCCAUUCCGUAUCUUCAUUACGUCACCUGAUGUUAGAAAAGGUCUUGAGAUGCAGGGAUUUACACCGCUCCCCAAAUCAAAAGAAACAAUAAAACAACUUGUCAUGGAACAUGGAGAGAUGACGAGAAGGUUCGUAGCAAGUGAACUUGCAAAGCUGAAGGCAGAUGGAAAACGCUUCAGUCUAACUUUUGAUGAGUGGACAUCUACUCGCAACAAACGGUACAUGAAUAAUAGUGUUCAUGUUGGGCAAGCUCAGUUCUGGAGCCUUGGUAUGGUUCGAAUCUUAGGAUCAAUGCCUGCUGAAAAAUGUGUGGACCUUCUUGAAAUGAAACUCUCUGUAUUUGGACUUUCGCUCCAAGAUGAUAUUGUUGGUAUUUGUACUGAUGGUGCCAGUGUAAUGAAAAAAGUGGGCCGGCUCAUAUCUGCCAAACAGCAGCUGUGCUAUGCUCAUGGAAUCCAUUUAGCUGUUAUGGAUGUAUUGUACAAGCGCCCUGAAAGUCCUUCAGCUUCAAUGGCCAACAUCCAAUCUGAUGAUUCAGAUGAUGAAGAUGAGGAGGAUGAAUUUAAAGUCACGGACAUCAAUGUUGAUGACAUCGCAGAACUCUCAGAAGAUUACCAGACCCUGGUCAAGAGGAUUAGGAUGGUCAUUAAAAUCUUCAGACGGUCACCAACGAGAAACGAUGAUGUACUGCAGAAGUACGUAAGAGCUGAAAUUGGGCAAGAGCUGAACCUAAUACUUGACUGCAAGACACGGUGGAAUAGUCUUUUUGAAAUGUUAAGUAGAGUUAUACGUUUAAGGAGCUGUAUCCUGAAAGCGAUGAUUGAUGUUAAGUCUCAAGUUCACAUAACAGAUGCUGAUUUUGAGAGUGUGCAGGAAAUUGUGACAGCGUUGCAGCCAGUCAAACUCGUUGUAGAAGCUCUGUGUCAUCGAGAUAUCAACCUCAUCACAGCUGAUGCUGCAGUAAAAUUUGCUCUUCAACAGCUGGAAAAACAGUGUUCCGAAUUGGCGAAGAACCUUGCAGUUGCUGUUCGUGCCAGGAUAAGUGAACGUAGGAAUGAAUUUGCAGGGAUUCUGCAAUAUUUAAAUAAUCCACGGGCCACAAAUGACAGCACAUUCACUGUUGCAAAAUCGUCAGAAGUCAAAAGAGCUGUUGUAGCAUUGUUGCUACAUCUCCAUUCUUUCAAUCCGUCUAUGUCUGGAGGUGGUGGUGGUGUCGUGUCAACUGAAUGUAAUCAAGUUACUGAAUCUCGCAGUUUAAUUAAUGAGAUUGAGAACAACCAUUCUGAAGAUGAACAUUCCUGUGAAGUUGAAAUAAGUCUACAAGAACAACUGGAACUGGCAAUGAAAGAUUCUUUGACGCAACCUUCUUUCCGACAGAGUCAGUCUGAUGAGGAGAAGGAUUUGACUAAAGCCAUCAAGACUGAGAUGGUAUUGUUUGAAAGCAAUGGAAAUUGUGGGUUAUGUCUUCAAAAGGCUUAUGAAUUUCUGAUGACCAUUCCGGCUACAUCUGUUGAGGCAGAACGUGCUUUUUCAGCAGCUGGCAUAAUUUGCACCAAAGUACGCACACGCCUGGGAGAUGAAACUAUUGACACACUCUGUUUCCUAUGAUCAUAUUAUAAGGACUUGCGCAGUAAAUAAGCAUAUGUUUGUUUUCAUGUGAGAUUUAUAGUCGGUGGUCCUGCUCAAGUCCAUUCUUGUAUUUUUUUGCUCUUUAAUAAUUACAGUCUUUAAUAAACAUUAUUAAUACUGUAUUUUGUGCUGCUGAUACAGUGAUGGGCCCAAGGGGGGUGUUUGCCAGUUGGUCAUAGUCAGACUCAGGUCAGGGUCCAGUCUUUUUUCUCUUUCAUUGUUCUUAAAGUCUUUAAUAAAUAUUAUUAAUACUGUAUUUUGUGCUGCUGAUACAGUAAUGGGGCCAAGGGGGAUGUUUGCCAGUUGGUCAUAGUCAGACUCAGGUCAGGGUCCAGUCUUUUUUCUCUGUCAUUCUUCUUAAAGUCUUUAAUAAAUAUUAUUAAUACUGUAUUUUGUGCUGCUGAUACAGUAAUGGGGCCAAGGGGGAUGUUUGCCAGUUGGUCAUAGUCAGACUCAGGUCAGGGUCCAGUCUUUUUUCUCUGUCAUUCUUCUUAAAGUCUUUAAUAAAUAUUAUUAAUACUGUAUUUUGUGCUGCUGAUACAGUAAUGGGGCCAAGGGGGAUGUUUGCCAGUUGGUCAUAGUCAGACUCAGGUCAGGGUCCAGUCUUUUUUCUCUUUCAUUGUUCUUAGUCUUUAAUAAAUAUUAUUAAUACUGUAUUUUGUGCUGCUGAUACAGUAAUGGGGCCAAGGGGGAUGUUUGCCAGUUGGUCAUAGUCAGACUCAGGUCAGGGUCCAGUCUUUUUUCUCUUUCAUUGUUCUUAGUCUUUAAUAAAUAUUAUUAAUACUGUAUUUUGUGCUGCUGAUACAGAUCAGGGACCAUUCACCAUUCUGUAGACUUAAUAUACUAGAAUAACUUCAAUUUAACUUUGAAUGUUUUAAUACUUGUAUUUUGA